GUCCGGCUCGGCCGAACUGAUGAAAGUUAAGUGGCGCAGGCUAAGGUCGUUACCACUCUCGUACGCAUCGUUCGCCGCGUUCAGUAGACGAUGACCACUCGGUGGCGUCGCAUCGAAUCGCUCUUCUCCGCAAAACACCUGAGACGAGGCUCGUGAAACGGACAUGAUGGCCACCAGGAUGAUAUCGCUGCUCCUGCUGGCAGCUCUCGUCUGCCGGUCGAACGCGCUGAACCCGGACGCUGGCCCGUGGGUCCAGUCCACGCAGGGUGAACCUUGGCCCCAGCCGAACAUCAGGCGUCUCACCAACUCGUAUUACCUGCUUAGAGCGUCCACCUUUCAGUUCAACGUAGUCGGCGAAACAUGCGAUAUAGUGGUGGAAGCGAUCGAGAGAUACAAAGCGAUCAUUUUGACGGAAUCUCGGAUAGCGAAGAUCUACUCGCAGGGACACGCGAGAUCCUCGCGAGAAAAUGCCACCAGCAAAGGCACGCUCACCGGCCUGGACUUUCGUGUGCUGGAGCCCUGCGAGAAGGACGGUAAUCACUGGCCCUAUCUGCAGAUGCAGGAAUCCUACACUCUAAGCAUCAGCGAGUUCUCCACGGUCGCUCACCUCACGGCGGAAUCGGUAUGGGGUGCGCUGCGAGGCCUCGAGACGUUCUCUCAGCUCUUGUUCCCAGCUGGCGACGGGCCUAACUUGAAGAUAAGGUGUCAGACUAUAGUGGAUCGACCGAAGCUACCCCAUCGCGGUCUCCUUUUGGACACGUCCCGCCAUUAUCUGCCGAUUCCCGACAUACUGUUGACCCUGGACGCGAUGUCUUACAACAAACUGAACGUUUUCCACUGGCACAUCGUGGACGACAACAGCUUCCCUUAUCAGAGCUCCAGGUUCCCCGAGUUGUCCGCUAAGGGAGCCUAUCAUCCAUCGAUGAUCUACACGCUGAACGACAUACAGAAGAUCGUGGACUACGCCAGGCUGAGAGGAAUUCGAGUGAUGCCCGAAUUCGACACUCCUGGACACACCAGGUCCUGGGGCUUGGCUUUCCCGCAAUAUUUGACUACUUGCUUUGACUCGAACGGCAACGCGAAUGGGAAACUUGGUCCCAUGAAUCCAACGGACCCUCUUGUAUACGAUUUCCUGCGGGAUCUGUUCGCCGAGAUCGUUCAAGUUUUUCCUGAUGAAUACGUCCAUUUGGGCGGCGACGAGGUUCCCUUUGAUUGUUGGCAGAGCAAUCCAGAGAUAAACACGUACAUGAAGGUGCACAACAUGUCGAGGAAUUACGCGCUGCUCGAGGCGGAAUACAUGCGCAAGCUCUUCCGCGUCAUGGACUCGCUGGAAUCGAAAUCUAUCGUAUGGCAGGAGGUGUUCGACAACGGAGUGUGGAUGCCGAACAACACGGUGGUGCACGUGUGGACCGGCCUCUGGUCGAAAGAGCUGGAAAGAGCGACAAAGGCAGGUCAUCCGGUGUUGCUGUCCGCUUGCUGGUACCUGAACUACAUCGCUGGCGGCGGCGAUUGGAAGAAGUUCUAUAAAUGCGACCCGAUGGCGUUUAACGGCGCUAAGAACGCGACCAAUUUGAUGCUCGGCGGGGAGGCCUGCAUGUGGGGAGAAUUCGUCGACAAGAACAACGUGCACCCGAGAAUAUGGCCGCGAGCCAGCGCAACCGCGGAACGUCUUUGGAGCAACAUCAAGCAGGACGAGAACGAGGCGGCCCAGCGUCUCGAGGAACACGCCUGUCGCAUGAACAGACGUGGAAUUCCGGCUCAGCCACCGAAUGGCCCUGGAUUUUGUUUACCUACGGCCUUGUCCGCCUUGUCCACCGUGUUGCCCGCUUCCUUGCCCGCCAAAGGUAGUCGUGACCUGUCAUCCACCCCCGCCGCCGUGUCCCCCGCCGCCGCCGUGCGUCACUUACGUUUGUACCAAGAAACUGGUUCCCUGUAUGCCCUGUCCGCCACCCACGCCUCCGCCUUGCUCGCCUUGUCGACCAGUUUGCAAAAAGCCUCGAUAGACAGCAAUGCCAAACAGAAGACCGCCAACAGACGUCCCAGUGCGAACAGCAUAAACGCGAGGAUGAACACGACGCAGCAGCGAGUCAGACCCGAGAAGUCACCAUCCACGCAGAAUUUGUCUCUCGCAGAGCAAAAGGAGCCGCCCAACAAUGCUGCCGAGCCGUAUAUCCCGAAGACCAGGUUCACUUCUCAGGACAGGAGCAAAGACUUCGGGACGUCCUCGCCCAGGUUGAAGUACUUCCCUGCGGAGAAGAUUAAGAGACUGAAAAAUCCUGCGCCGUUCACAUCGGAUCCAAUCGGAGCCAUCAUCGUGCAGCAAAAUCCACAUCAGACGGGCACCUUCUACGUUCCAGGAUCCACCGAUCAGAAUAAAGGACAGGGCGAUGGAACGGGAGCGGCGCAAUCGGCAGUGCAACCUGCAUUGCAACAUCAUCAGAACAUGCACACCACGAGCCAGCAACAGGUUUGCCAGCAGCCUAUGCACCAGAUCGGCCAGAUGAAUCCUCAAUCAGAAUGCGGUCUACAUCAUCAGAACUCAAUUAAUCAGACGCAUCGUCCUUGCGUGCCUUAUGGGCAACGCGAGUUUUCCCCGCAGAAGGUUCCUCAAACACUGUAUCGCAGUCCUGAGAAUACAAUGCAAAUGCAGCAUCCAAUGCAACGGUCUCCGAGUGUUCCAGUACCAACGACGAGCCAGGAGAAAAAUAAACCUGAGAACGGUGGAUCGGAGUACGACUCCGACGGACAACCUGUCGGUGGCAGGAAUGCAACGUUGCAAACAGCGAUAAGCAGCCAACAGCCGGGAGCGCAGUCCCAACUGUCCAUGGCGCGGAACCUCUCGGGUAGCAACCAUCAGCAGCCAGCCCGAAAUCAUUACCCACCGCACGCCCGGGUGCCUAACUACCCGAGCCCCCAGAAUCCCCGGCAAGCUUAUCAACAGCUGCAGCAAACCGUGGCGCAACAGCAGCAGAUGCAGCAGCGAGCGAUGGCCUAUCAGAUGCAGAUGAUGCCCGCUAAUCAGCAGACGCCGGGGAGCCAGGGGAACCUUUACAGACACGGUGGUCUACAGUUCGUCGCGCAGACACCUGGGCAAGGAAUGACUUCUCCUCAAGAAGCGACGCUGAGGCAAAAUCAGAAUCCCCAGACCUAUAUUCAAAGAAACGCGAAUCCUCGCAAUGCUCAUCUGAAGCCUUUCGCUAUCAACGUGAUGAAUCCUCAGCUUCAGUUCGUUCCGAAUCCACCGACACCUCAAUAUCAACAGCUGUAUAGACAUCCCAGCCAGCAACUGUUCAGGAACCCUGGAAACGUGAAUCAGCAGGUGGCAAUGCAGCCAGACUACAACCAUCCAGCUGGUCAAAUCGAGCAAAACUCUGAACCAGUGAAUGAUCAACAGAACAGUCAACAGAAAAGAGCGAAGCUGCCGUUUACAGCGAGCAUGAUGCGGGAUCAAGAGAAGAUGCUGACCACGAUGAGGCAGCAGGGUGUGCCUAUGGAAGUAAUUAAAAGACAGUUCGACCUGCUGCUCUGCGAGCAGCGCAGACAGCUGGAGUACAUAGAGGAACUCCGUCGACAGAGCGACUCGCAGGAGGUGAGACCUGCGCCGAUGCCUCGCAGGCGGAGACAGACGGACGAGAAGCCGGAGUGGAUGAUCCACCUGACUCCGUCGAGGUUGUCGUACGCAGAGCUGGAGAAGCUGCACGAGGAACGAAGGGAGAAGGAACGUCUGGCUAGGCAGAUGGAGGAGGCUAGACUCCAGAACGAAAUGUCUAAUCAGGUUAAUCAGCAGUAUCAGUGCUAUCAGCCCAACUGGCACUCGAAUGUUCCACAGUUCCAGUCAAACGUCAGUUCCGCAAAGUCGACGCCGAACGUGCCUACGAACCAUCAGCAGUAUUACCAACAGAAUUUCCCCAGGCAUCAGCACGCGCAGCAUCCUCAUCAGCAAUACAGCGCACAAUACCAGCAACAGCAUCCACACCUGGAUCAACAGGUCUACGAUAGCUCGCAGCAUCAAGUCUACCGCAAUGAUCCCAGUAGCUACCAAACGGAUCGACCAACCACCGAGCCGUCCAGUUUGCUGAAACUCCGAGUAUACAAGGAACGUAUCCGGCCCCAGGGUCGCAACAACGGGUUGCAGGACCCGGAAGUAGUGCGGAGGUACUUGGAGCGAGCGAGUGGAUCCACGGAUACUCGGAGAGGACUGGAGUACCUAUCUAACCUGACUAAGGGUCCAAAGUUCAAACUGAACGGGAUGCAGGACGCUUCGGAGAUAGAGGAUGAGCUGAAGCAGCGGUUGAUCGUGCCGUAUCAACCGACGUCGAAGAGGCAAAUCUCCGCGAACGGGCUCGAGAACACCAGGAAUCCCGACAACCCUCCCCCGCAACGUCUGGCUAGCCUGAAGAAGCAGCAGGAGUUCCUGAGGGAAUAUCCCAGGCAGAAGUGCAACCCCAGGAACUGCUACAGUGUCCAAGCUGAAAGAGAGAACGGCACGGUAGCAAGCAACGAUCAGGUCUUCUUAACGCAGCAGCAGGGUUUAGGGUAUGCGGCGUCGCCUUUCAUCCCCUACAACGAGAGCAACCCGGGCAACGCCAGGUGCAGCCUGCUGCCGUUCAAGUUCGACGGGAGUUAUCCUCAGCACUAUCAACAGAUGCAGCAGUAUUAUCGCAACGCGAGGAAUUUGGGGAGGAACAAUGGGGACGGGGACACGGGGACGAGCGAAAAGAGGACCGGCGUUCUCAGCAGCGCCGGCUUCGAUCGCGCCGGCGGCGAUGCGACCGGAAACGUGCACGGCCAGCCGGCGGAUAGCGAAACGGCGCCGGUAUGCGGGGCCCAUUACAGCCGGCCCGAUCUACACGAGCCGAGGACCAUCGGGGGUGUGAGGUACCUGGCCAGGAAACAGGACUACAUGCCAAACACGCAACUCGUGUCACCGGAAACUCUGAUCGCCGACAGACACCUGCAACCCCCGGUGAUCUACUAA